AUGACCAGGGCUCCCCACGGCAGCGCGGCGAAGAAGCUGUGCGAGAAGUGUGGCAACGGGAUAUCGCGCACGAACUUUUCCAAGCACGCAAAGAAAUGUAAGGGAAUUAAAGUGCGCGACACCCGGCGCGAGAUUCGCAAGCGCUCAUGGGUCAAGCACCGCGCCAAGCGCGUAGGAGACCAGCGCAGCCGGCGCGCGUCCGAGUCAUUUCAA